AUGUUGAGCGCGACGAGUGCGACGACCUCGUUAAGUAGCUGCCUUCGAGGCUACUCCUUGAAACAACAACAACAACAACAACAACAGCGCUCGUCGUCUUCCGCGGAGUCGUCGUCGUCGAGAAGGUCGUCGACGUCCGUGAUGAUGAGAAGCAGCAGCAGCGAGAAGAAAUCAUCGUGUACGUCCUCGUCGUCUGAAGAUGUCGGUCGCACGGCUUUAUUGGCCACCAUCGCGUCUUCUCCCAUCGUGUUGUCCGCGCAAGACGCGUUCGCGAAAGGUGGCGAGUUCGGUUUACUCGAAGGCCGCACCGCGGCGUUGGUGCACCCGUUUUUCCUGGGCAUCAUGUACGCCACCAGCUUAUACGCCGGGUAUUUAGGCUUGCAGUGGAGAAAAGUUCGCACGGUUGGCGAAGAGAUUCAAGAGUUGAAAAAGGCCUCGCCUGUCGGCGCGGACGCGGAAACGGCGAACCCGAACCAAUCGAAAAUCGACGAGCUGACCAAAGAACGCAAAGAGUUAGUCGCUGGGAACUAUAAAGAGAAACACUUCAACGCCGGCUCGCUCUUGUUGGCGUUCGGGACGUGCUUAGCCAUCGAAGGCGGGAUGAACACGUACAUUCGCGUCGGGAAGUUAUUCCCUGGGCCGCACUUGUACGCUGGCAUGGGAAUUGUGGCGUUGUGGGCCGCCGCCGCUGGUUUAGUGCCGGAGAUGCAGAGAGGGAACGACAAGGCGAGAAGCGCGCACAUCGCGUUGAACGCCGUCAACGUCGCGUUGUUCACGUGGCAGAUUCCGACGGGUUUGGAAAUCGUCGGGAAGGUGUUUCAGUUUACCAAGUGGCCGUAA